AUGAGCCCAGUCUCGAAAUCUGGAAAGCAAAAGGCCGCUUCUUUACAUGACAUUACCAAUAAGGAAGUUCAAUCCACAAAGAGAAAAAAAUUAACUCAGGAUGAAAUCAAUAAGCCCAUAUUAGCCAGUUAUAAGAAAUUAGCCAUGGAAAAACGAGUUCAAAGAGAUUUGGUGCAAAAGAUUAAGGUGAAUCAUCAAAAAAAUCUGGAGUAUAAUUGGAAGAUACUGAGAUUGCAAACGAGAACUCUGCCCGAUUUACAAUACGAGAUUUCCAAGAGAGAGGUUAUUUUAAGGAAAGUUGUGAGAGAUACAGAACUGUUAGUUUUAGCAAUAGAACAAAAAGAAAAGGAGAUUUCCCAAUGUGAUGCGAAAGAAACUACCGUUCUGGAUUCAUUAAAAGAACAAUUCAAAAAACAGAUCCAAGACCAAUUGCAUGACUUCGAUACCGAUCUGGCAAAUCAGAAAGCUAAAUGGGAAAGUGAAAUACUGGAAUUGGAAAACAUGAAACCAAAGGACGAGGUUUUAAAAGAAAUAAAAGAUUUGGAAACACAAUUAACUAGCUUACAAGAAAAAUUAACUCAAUUGGAAACUCAGAACAACAAGAAGGCUCUCGGUCAUGAUACUGAACUUAAGAAACGAUUUUCCGAAUUUAAAUUGGAAGUUGAAGAUUCUAAAAUUGAUAUUGAAGAAAAACAAAAUACACUGUUGAGAAAGAAAGAAGAGUUGGCAAUUAGGACAAGGGACCUAGAGACUUUGGUAAGAACAUAUGAUACCCAUAUAGAAAACUUAGAAAAGGAUGUUGCUAUUGUGAACAACCAACUAACUGAGCUCGACGAAAUAACAUUACCGAAAAGGAACGCACUCUCACGUUCAACAGAAGAACUAUCGCAUGAAACCGAAAAAACAACAAUCUUCCAACAAGAAGCAUAUUUGCAAGAACGAAAAUAUAAUGAAAAUUUUGAUAAGAUGGAAUUUGAAUGUAUUAGAAGAAAAAAAUUAGAAAACUCCAUUGAUGAAUUGAAAGGCUUCAUACGUUGUUUUGCCACUAUUUCUGAAGAAGGUAUUCCUAGUAAUAUACACGUGAAGUAUACUUCUAAUUGUAUUUGUAAUGAUGACAAUGGGAGGGAGUACCCAUUUACAAGAUUAAUCCCCUCCAUAGACAUACAGGAGAAAAAAUUUCUUUUCCAGGAAUACAGAAUAUAUCAAGAUAUGUGUCUAAAGAAUUUUGAAAAUCACAAUCUAAUAUCAGUAUCCAACAAGCAAUGGCAUGAAUUACGGGAAUCCUUGAUUAAAUUCAUUAUUUCAAAUUACAAAGCAGAUUACGAAAUGACAUUCCAAUUUGUUUUUUUAUCAGAUGAUGCAAUAUCUCAAGACUACUUGCAUUCUGACCCUUCUCAACUUAAAGAGGGCAUUAACCUAAAAUUUGAAAAUAAUUCUAUUAAAAUUGACUCAACUACUAAAACAAUAUCGAGUGAUUUUCUUUCGGAUACGGAGCUUUUAGAAAACAUAAUUCCAAUAGAUGCACCCGGUGUAAAUAUCUUAAAGGUUAAAUUCGUUAAGCGUUUGCAGAAGGAACUAUCUACUGAAUUCUAUUUUCUUCAAAUAAACGAUUUAGCAACAGUAAGUGCAUUAGAGGAAGUAUUCAAUGGAAAGGACAUGGCAGCUGGGAAACAAGUGAGCGUAAUUCUGCGAUAUUUGUUAACUUAUACAAAAUCAUGCUUUCUUUUUAAUAUAGAUACACAGGAUAACCUUGAUCCUAUCCUAGAAGUAGCACUUAAUGUCGGCAGUUUGAGGAAUCCACUGAAACCCAAAUCAAAAUCUAACUAA